CGGCACUGCGCUGCAGCCUGAGAUGUGAACAGUCAAAUCAUAAUGGCGACUGCUGGAACAGCAGACUCGGGAUCAACAGCCCCGACAGGGACCAGUGGCAUCCGAAAAAUGGCCCCUCAAGAGAUGCCUGGCUCCUCAGGCACGACUCAGAGUAUGAAGAAGACCAUUGGACACCGGGGCGUUGAGACCACCACCGGAGAGACCACCUAUAAAAAGACUACAUCAUCUGCCCUUAAAGGUGCCAUCAUGCUUGGCAUCGCUCACACGGUCGGCAGCUUAAGUCAAAAGGCAGAAAGGGACGUUCUCAUGCAGGACUUUGUGGUGGUGGAAAGUAUCUUCUUCCCCAGUGAAGGCAGUAACCUGACCCCUGCACAUCACUACAGUGACUUCCGCUUCAAGACAUAUGCUCCUAUUGCCUUUCGCUACUUCAGAGAACUCUUCGGCAUUCGGCCAGACGACUACCUGUACUCGCUGUGCAAUGAGCCGCUGAUUGAGUUGUCUAACCCAGGAGCCAGCGGAUCCCUCUUCUACGUGUCAAGCGAUGACGAGUUCAUCAUCAAGACUGUUCAGCACAAAGAGGCAGAAUUCCUCCAGAAACUCCUGCCUGGAUAUUUUAUGAACAUAAACCAAAACAAGCGCACCCUGCUACCCAAGUUCUACGGACUGUAUUGUGUUCAGGCAGGGGGCAAAAACAUCCGUAUUGUAGUGAUGAACAAUCUCUUGCCUCGCAUCAUCCCCAUGCAUCUCAAAUAUGACCUGAAGGGCUCCACGUAUAAGAGACGAGCCUCCCCUAAAGAGCGAGAAAAAGGUGUUCCCAUUUACAAGGACCUGGACUUUAUUCAGGACAUGCCCGACGGCCUGCUGCUGGAAGCGGACAACUUCAAUGCCCUGUGCAAGACUAUACAGAGGGACUGCUUGCUCUUGCAGAGUUUCAAGAUCAUGGAUUACAGCCUGCUGAUGGGGAUCCACAACAGAGACCAAGCCAAUCGGGAGCGGGAGCGUGGCGUAGGCAAUUCGGGGGACAGUGGGGGGUCAGAGGGAGCAGUGACCCCUGAUCAGCGCCGGCCACAAGCCCAGAAGAGUCUUUACUGCACUGCAAUGGAGUCCAUUCAGGGGGAGGCUCGAGGGAAGGGAGCUUUGGACUCGGAAGACCACAUGGGCGGGAUUCCAUCUCGCAACAGUAAAGGAGAGAGGUUACUAAUCUUCAUCGGUAUCAUUGACAUUCUCCAGUCCUACAGGUUUAUUAAGAAGUUGGAGCACUCCUGGAAGGCAUUGGUCCAUGAUGGGGACACAGUUUCAGUUCACAGACCUGGCUUCUAUGCAGAUCGUUUCCAACAGUUCAUGUGCAACACCGUGUUCAAGAAAAUUCCACUGAAACUAUCACCAUCUAAGAAGAGCCGUGGUGGAGGUCAGGGGGGUCUUAGGAGGGCUCCAACUCUAGGAGGUCCCACCCCACUCUCCCACAUGACAGGGCUGUCAUCAGACUCCAGAAUAGUCUACCACAGCCACUAUAAGAGCACAGACUCGGAAGCAGACAGUGGAGUGCAAUCAGGCAGACCAGAUCUUGUUCCGAGGACCCCUUCACCCAUGGGAAAUGCAGCUGACUGUGAGGCCAACCUAUCCACCUCAUCUCUAGGCAGCACAGGAAUUGCCUCUGGCUCUCCUCCUCUACGGUCUGUUGGGGUGGAAGUGCACAAAUCAGCAAACACAGACCUUGACCAGGGGGUUCCUCACAGUUUUGGAGAAGAAGGGGCUGGAGAUAAUUCAGGCAACCUGUCUGGAAACGAUGAUGUGGUUUCACUCUCAGACAUCAUCCCUGAGACCAACAUCUGUUUUUAAAAACAGAAAGUGCCAUAGAAAGGCGAGGAUGUUUCUGGAUCAGUUGAGGUGGAUGGAAGAAAGGACGCCUGUCCAACGCGGACCCUCUGCUGCACCUCUGUUGUUCUUACCUGUAGAGUCAAUACAGGACCGGCUGGACAAAGCAGCGAGUUGCAGUGGAGGUUGUGACAAUGAUGAAAGCAGUGUGUGUCGUAGGCCCUGGCCAUUAACACUGUCACAAUUCGUACACAUUCGCCACAAAUUACCAAAAGCCCAACAAUUUUUAAAAACACAACCUGAAAAAAAGGCAAACGGCUGUAUAUUGGCAGCUCUUUUGUCGCUCUAGCAUCAAAAUAUUUGUGAGAGAAGAAUGUUUCUUUAUGUGCACAACAUGAAGACACUGUGGUUACAUCACAGACAAAAUAAUUAGCAGUGAAAAAAAGUUCUAAUUCACCAGUGAAUGGUGAAGGCAGUCGCAUCAUCCCUGAAAAGUUAGUCAUCCACAUGUUGCAGUACAAAGCAGGAACACGUACGCUUAAAAGAGCACAUGAAGGGGGAAAGCCUGUCUCCUUGUGUGCUCAUGCACAGCCUCAAUGAGUUCACAUCUCUGUGAUUCUCAUUCUUGAUACUGUUACUGCACAUCCACUUCCCCUCAGCACUCCUUAUGCACUCCAAGCUAUCAGUGCUCAUUGUUCAAAUCAACACGUGCUGCUGUCGACUCUGCAAUCAUGUAUGCAUUUUUUUUGUUUGUUCUGAUUGUGGAUGUACAGUGUUUUUUGUUUGAACUAGCAGGAGAAUAGGUGGAGACGCCUACAUGGUGAUUUUUUUUAAUGUUUUUAAGUUAUUCUGCUGGAAGCCACAGCGGUGCUGCAGAGGUUUGACUCGAUCUAGCGACCGCUUAAUGUAUGUUACAUUUUUUUUCUUAUACAGAAUGUGUCUUAAAAAUAACACGGCGGACCACAUUUGUACAAGUCCUGAAAAAUCUCCCCCUCUGAUGUGACCAUAUGUGCUAGAGUGUGAGUGAACUCAAAGAGAAGAGCAGUACUGGCUAGUAGAUGCUCUUAAAUGAAGUCUAGCGAUUCAGCUAAUAGAAUACUUUCCAGCUUCUGACAUUUGUCCGUGCCUUUUAAAUGUUAGCUCUUCCCAAACACAUGCUAUAACUGACACUCUUAUACAGGUUAGUGUAGUAGACUAACAGAGGAACCUACCUUACCAUCACUACAGCUGAAGUCAACUGUAACUGCCAUCUGUGUGUCUGAAGCAACCAUCCAGCUGGCAGGUUUUUCAGACGAUAUCAGAUUUUCAAGCAAACACUAGGGAUGCAAUCACCAGUUUCAUAAUGAUAUAGUAGAAUAUCAACCCCUUUGACAGCAAAAUAUUGUUCAAUGAUAUUACAAGGUCUGCAACAUUUCAAUUUUGAUACAUUUGUACACAGGGCAGUGAUCAGUAUAAGAUUUCAUCAAAGCCCCUUUUAAUACAAUCAGUUGCUUUUUGGUCAACUUGCAAACUUAAAUAUGUUCAACAAUUUCAUCACUGAACUCUUACAGACUUUUUUAAUGAAAGAAAUACUAACCUUUUUUAAUAAGAACAGACAAACAAACACUAUUUUCUGUGUCACCAAUCAGCCAUUAGAAUUUUACAGUACAAAAAAAAGGCGCAUCAUAAAGAUGACACUAAGGAUCCGUGUUCUCACUUUGCACGUAUGAUAUGGAAUCGUUAAUCCUUGAAUUGAUCACAGUCCUGCCAUAGCACAGCGUGUGUGUUUUCAAAGUCUCUGUGGUCUGUCAGCCCUCCUGUAUGAUCAUACAGGAAGGGUGUAUCAAUCAUUUCUGCAGGCUACAGAAAUGACAGCUGGCCACAUCCACUCUCGGACCAAUAUCACUAAAGUGUGCGUAGCUAUUUUUUUAACUCAUGUUUAUGUAGUCUUACAUCGCUUUUAUUCCAGCAUUCAGAAGAAUAAUGCUUCUCAUACUAUGUGGCGAUGUAUCUUUUUGUUAGGAGCACUAAACAAGCUGCUGCAGCGGCUGUCAGAGCUUUGUUUUUGACCCAGUUUGAGGUUUUGAUACAGGAGUUGAAAUUACCGAAGCAAAACUCCAAAUCUGAGACAUCGUUGCAUCUGAUGAAUUACUGUUUAUUUUUGUAAGGCACAUGUGGUCUAUGCAGCAGAGAGGGAGAAGGGGAAACGUGAGCUGUGAAUAUAAGAAGUAGGAAAAACUUCUCGUGUUCAUCGUGCACAAUUGAGGAUUAAGGACUGAGCCUUGUUCUGUUCAGAGCCAGUCACGCGCCAAAGAGAAGAGUAGAGAGUUCCUGUGAAGGUUCAGGAUCCAAGUGAAAGUGGAAAUAGACACUCCUGAAUCCCUGUUUGGACGUGUAAUGAUGUAUAUGGUAAUGACACUGGGAUGACCUGUGUUUUAAGGAUCUAUUAUUAGACUGGACUUUUUUUUCUUUUUUGGUCUAAAUGAUUUCAUGUUUGAUAAACUGGAUCGACAUAAUCCUAGUCCCGAUAAAGAUGUAUUUUUCAUCAUCAGAGAAUUGGUUUACACUGUGGCCUGAGACAUUUCAAGACUAAAACUCCACAUUCCUGUGAAAUUGAAGUUACUUUACUACAAUAGUUGUAGCUCUUAGAACCCGCUGUUUACCAACGUUUGUCUAGUUGGGAUGAUAUAAACUUGGUAUUAAUUAUUUCUUGUGUAUGCUGACAUGCAGAUGAUUGAAUAUUUUGACACAUUCAAUGGUUGAGUGUGAAACAGCCACCAAAGAAAACACUCCGAGGAACUCCUCCUCACUGAAAAGAAUCCAGAUUAUAUUUGCGACACCUGAAUUUUGGUGUUAUUGCUAUCAUUUUUUUGAAUGGCUGGUACUGUGUAAUCGCUGGAUGCAAACCAGUUCUGUCACAGUUAUAUACUACACAAUGGCACAAGAUAAACAUCACACAUCGGUGCUUUGUAGAGCAACACACACUACAAUUUAUUUGAAGUAAUGCAAUAUGAACCACAAUCUGCAACCUUUGACCUUUUUAGAAGGAUAUUUAUUAACAUGACUGAUUGCUGCAGGCUGAAAUGAUAAAAGUUGUAUUAUAUACCUUACAUGAUUGUACAAAUACUGUAUACUGACAGAAGGAUGUCUGAAACUUGACAGUGUAUGUUGCUCAUGAAGGAGGACUAUUUGACAACUUCACUUUUUAUAUUUCAUGUGUAGAUUGUGAUAUGAUAGUUUUUCUCCAUGAUGAUUCUGGGACGUUAAUCUCCCACGCUUUUUUCUACAUGAAUGUUUCACACGGCUUACGAGCCAACAUUGCUGGUUGUCCUAUAUGCUUCAAUUACUAUAUUUUUACUGUGUAUAAAAUGUUUAUAUGUACAUAGGAGUCACGGAAAUGCCUUCUCAUGCAAUAUAUGCUGCCUGUCCCUCCUGCCAUGUUUCAUUUAUGUGGUGGUGAUGUUUUCAUGUCUUAUUUUAAAGUAUUAAACAUAUUUUCUAAAUCA